AAUUCCAUCAGUAAAACAAAUAUAUUUUCAAUUUUCAGCUUGAUGGGUCUUGACGGUGAUGAUGCAUGUAAUACCAGCCUUGUUCUAGGGUUAGGCUUUUCCUCGACCCCGGAAACUCCGACCAAGAAGCCAUCAUGUCUCAGGUUUGAACGACAGCAACCACCCUCGCCGCCGGCGGCGCCACCACCAUCGAGUUUUGAACCGUCGUUGACCUUGGGUCUUUGUGGUGCUCGGUUUUACCAAGUGAACAAAAAGGUUGACGUUAAUAAGGGUGGUUAUCUUCGUCACCAUGAUCAGGAACUCAAGGCCGGCGAUUUGUAUCUUCGUCAAGCUUCUCCCCAUAGCACUGUUUCUUCGUUUUCUAGUGGUAGAAUCAAGAGAGAAAGAGAGUUUAGCAACGAGGAAAUAGAGGUAGAGAAGAAUUCAUGUAGAGUUAGUGAUGAAGACGAAGACGGUUUUAAUGCAAGAAAGAAACUUAGGCUCAGCAAAGAACAAUCUGCUGUUCUCGAGGAAAGCUUCAAACAACAUAGCACUCUCAAUCCUAAGCAAAAGCAAGCUUUAGCCAAGCAAUUAAGCCUGACGCCUAGACAAGUUGAAGUUUGGUUCCAGAACAGGAGAGCAAGGACAAAGCUUAAGCAAACUGAGGUAGACUGUGAGUUCUUGAAGAAGUGUUGUGAGACAUUGACAGAUGAGAACAGGAGACUGCAAAAGGAACUACAAGAACUCAAGGCACUGAAAAUGGCGGCUCAGCCUUUUUGCAUGCAGAUGCCGGCGUCUACUCUCACCAUGUGCCCGUCUUGUGAAAGAAUCGGCGGCGUUGCCGAUGGCAAUUCCAAGAUUCCAUUUUCAAUGGCUUUGAAGCCUCAUUUAUACAAUCCCUUGUACAACCCUUCAGCAACAUGUUGAUUAAGUUCUUUAGAACUUAGUAUAGGAAGAAGAAAGGAAAGGAAAGACUCCUCCCCCACAACCCAUUUUUUGGUUUAAGGGCUUGUAGUGAAUUAAAAUUAAGGUAAUUUGUAGAAAAAGGAUGGUAUAAUUACUGAUCAAUCUUCUCAUCUUUUUUUUUUAAAUAUAUAUCUUUGUAAAUUAUCGUAAGUAGAAAAAUAGUAUAUCUAUGAAGGAAUUAGUCUUGAUAUUUAUUAU